CUCGACGACGAGGCGCUGCGCGAACGCUUAAUCUGCAUUGACAAGUUAAAAUCCAAAAUAAAGAAUGUUCGGGCUGAGCUAGAAGAAGAACGUCGAAAUGGCGACAAAGAGCAAGCUGAAUUAGUUCUUCAAGCUCCCCGACUGCCGCUUUUCCUCACAUCUACUGACGGUCGUACCUACUGUCUUCUCAUGACAUCUGAACGCGAACGUAUGGAGUGGAAGAAGCGUAUAACACAGGCAAAGCUCGCCCGAGAUCCGAACAAGGUUCUGGAAAAGCGGCCUAGCUCCAAAAGGUUGAGUUCCCUGCGGACAAUUGCUAACCAACUGCCUUCAUUCCGACAGACGCCUAGGUCGAAAGAUCAGGUUACUCGCUACACAACCAGUGAAGUGACUUCCCUUAUCAAUCACUGCAAGACUGUGAGUUCAAUGGAUCCUUAUUUCGCUUAA